GUCCCAUUUCUUUGGGGCGCAUUCCAGGCAUUCAAGAUUAAAGAAAUCUCAACAUGGCCGGUCACGGAGAGAUCGACUUCCAGCUGUACCGGUAUACGCCGUCGCUGGCGGCCGCCAUCCUGUUCAUUGUCCUCUUCGUCCUGAUCACGGCAUACCAUCUGUACCAGGUUAUUCGGGCCAAAUGCUGGUAUUUCCUGAUUUUCGUCGUCGGUGGUGUUUUCCAAAUCAUUGGAUACAUCUGUCGCGUCCUCGCCCACUCCGAUAAAGAGAACGUCCCGAUAUACGCCAUUCAAACGCUUAUGAUCCUCCUCGCUCCACCGCUUUACGCUGCCUCGAUCUACAUGACCCUUGGUCGACUUAUUCGCUAUCUGAACGCCGAACACUUGAGCGUGGUGCCGGUUAAAUGGCUCACCCGGAUCUUCGUGACAGGCGACGUCCUCUCUUUCUUGAUGCAAGCUUCCGGAGGCGGAAUCAUGGCCUCGGGCACCAUCUCCGCCAUGAACACCGGCGAAAACGUCACCAUCGGCGGUCUCUGCGUGCAACUAAUCUUCUUCGGCGUGUUCGUCAUCGCAUCCAUAAUCUUCCACCUACGGAUCCGAAAAUCGCCCACGCCUGUCUCUCUCACCACUACGUCUUCCGCCUCCCGCAUGCCCUGGAACGACGCGACCUGGCGAGGCACCAUGUGGGGUUUGUACGUGUCGAGCGUGCUGAUUCUCGUGCGGUCGAUCUUCCGACUCAUUGAAUAUGCGCAGGGCAAUGAUGGGUAUUUGAUCAGUCAUGAGGCGUUCAUGUAUGUUUUUGAUUCGAUGUUGAUGUUCUUUGCGAUGAUUGCGUUGAGUGUUUGGCAUCCGAGUAAAGUGUUGAGGGAUGGGAAGAAGAAGAAGCUUGAGGAGGGGAGAGAAGAAGGGGAAGAGAGUGAAUUGAGGGAGGUGUCUUGUUGAUUUGGUGUUUGGGUUGCUGGUGUGGAGUUUGGUGUUGGUUUCUCAAGUUGGUCUUGUUUUUAGAUCGUCAUGGUUAUAGACUGCUCGUUCGGGAUGUAUAUAUGUUCAUUAGCUCUAUGUAAAUAUUCUUAGAACUGGAAUAUGGUGUGUCAGCCUUACUUCAUAUCUGCAUUUCUUUAAGAUGAGUGAAUGUAGCUGUAGGCCAAUUUCGAUCUAGGAUCGAUCCAAAGAGGUUAUUGAGUAGCCUGGGACUGGACCAAGCAUGACUAUUGCCGACCGAUUUCGAUGACUACUGGCAUAAACAAUGUGAAAGAAAGGUAGUAUAAUAGUUUAUAAAAGGGCUAAUCCGUUCAAAGCGAU